GGAACAGGAUUUUAGGGAGCCGUUACAACUUUACAAGGAGAUGUUCGUGAAAUUAGUAGUCCGUCUUAUUGUUGGUGUUCUAACAAUAGGACGCCACGGUGAUACUUCGAUUAUUAUAUGUUCAAAUUCAUGCAACGGUUUUUAUCAGCAAGUGCCAAAGAGAUUAAUAAAUUUACCAAGUUACUUAUGCUAGGGAGGGAGUACUAUGAGAAAGGCUGUUUUUCUGACAUCAAUUCCGAGUAUAAGAAUGAAUUAACGCCAGAAAGAGGACGGGCCUAUCGAUGCGGUUCAGCUCUCCCCUCUCACGCUUACGGUAUCCCAAAAGAUAUCGCCAAACAAACAGAACAUUAGAGUUCCAUUGACAUAAAGGGAGGGCUUCUUGGCAAAUGCAGGGUAGUACUUCGGUUGCACUAUUAUUAAGUACUUCGUGAUUGAUUAAAGCAAAAAAAUGAUGGGAUGGUUUUGGUUCGGGUUUGCAUUAAAAGGUGAAGUUAAAUGCUCGGGUAGUGGGUUGGAUACACGAUUUCUUGAAUGCUAGUGGUUUAAAUCCCAGACCCGAAUAUCACUUGUUUCAAUCGCCAAGCCCUCGCUUCCCUUUUUGCAUUGAUUCUGUAAACCUAAUAAAGGUUUGAUUUUUUUUUGUUUAUUUGAUAUAUUUAUUGGAGUUUCAAUUGCCACCUAUCUUUUGUUUCGUUUAUUUUCAAAUAUACUUUGGAAGGUUUUUAUAAUGCAUAGUAGAUGUGGAUGUCUUCUUGAUUUAAAGUUGUUUUAGUGAAGCUGUAAGCAAAUGGGCGGAGCGAGCUCAAAAGGUGAGAGAAGUGAAGCUUUGAGGCUUUGUAAAGAGAGAAAGAGGUUUAUAAAAGAAGCUAUCGACUCCAGAUAUGCAUUAGCAGCUGGCCAUGUCUCAUAUGUUCAAUCUCUAAGAAACAUAGGCAUUGGUCUUAGGAGGUACGCAGAGGCGGAGCUGUUGAUUGAGAACCCCUCACAUUUCUCAUACCCUUCGCCCCCCCAGUCCCAUGCUGGGGGUGGGGCUUCAGAUUCUUCUCCAGCUCUAAACAAUGGAAGCCCUGUUUCACCCCUCACCGCCAGGUUAAGUUUCAUGACUUCAGGUGGAACUGAACCUGUCACUGUUAAGGUGGCCCAGCCACUUAGCAAUGUGAAAGUUGAUGAAGAUAGUGGCAAAGGAGGCGGCUCUUCAUGGGAUUUCUUCGACCCCAUUGAUGAAUUUUCUGGAAGCUUUAGGUUCGCGGUGUGUAAUGAUGGCUCAAAUGGUGGAGGAGAUGUGGUUGAAGAAGAAUUCUUGACACCUAGUUCAUCCCAUCCCGUUACACCCCAAGGGACGAAGACCAACAGUCAACGUGGGUUUGGAAGUGAUGCUAAGGACAUGAGCAGUAGCAGCCAAAUAGAGGGCGAGUCAGGUUCCGUAGGGAAAGAUGGGUUAUCCACAGAAAGAGAGGAUCCUUCAGAGUUCAUAACACAUAGGGCUAAGGAUUUUCUCUCUAGUGUGAAGGACAUUGAACACCUUUUCUUUAAAGCAUCAGAAUCUGGUAAAGAAGUUUCCAGGAUGCUUGAGGCUAGCAAAAUCCAUGUUGGGUACUCACUGGCUAAAGGUAUGUUACAGCUUCAUGGAAGAAACUGUAUUUUACUUUAGGCCCCUUUUUGUUCUUUCUAAAAUGUGCUUGUGUUUGAAAUGUGACAUUUAUCUAUUCUCUUUUCAGGAAAAUUGUCAGCUUCGAUAUACUUGACUUCCCUUGGUGCAGUUUGUUGUCGAGGAGGAACUGCAAAUGAAUCUGAAGGAGGGGAGCAGAAUGCCACAAAGGUAAUUACUUGGAAGAGGACAACAUCUUCGAGGUCAUCUUCAUCAAGGAACCCUCUGAAUGGGAAAGAUGAGAACGAGGACAGCGGGGGUGAUUUUGUUGCAGAGUUUUGCAUGAUUGCUGGAAGCCACUCUUCAACCCUUGACAGAAUAUAUGCAUGGGAGAGGAAGCUUUAUGAUGAAGUGAAGGCAAUUGACUUAAUCAGAAGGGAAUAUGACCGGAAGUGCACCCAGCUAAGACGCCAAUUCGCCAAAGAUCUUAGCUCCCAAGUGAUAGACAAAACCAGAGCAGGGGUAAAAGAUCUACAUUCACGAAUCAAGGUCGCACUUUAUGCGGUUGACUCAAUAUCAAAGCGUAUUGAGAAAAUGAGGGAUGAAGAACUGAUGCCUCAACUUUUGGAACUUAUUCAGGGGUUGAUCAGAAUGUGGAGGGCAAUGCUUGAAUGCCAUCACACACAGUACAUAACUAUCUCGCUAGCAUACCAUGCCAAGACUCGCACUACAAGUACUAAUCCCCAAGGAGAUGAUCAGAAGAAGGAGAUAUUGGCUCAACUAAUGGAUGAGGUGGAGUGCUUUGGGCUGAGCUUCACUGAUUGGAUAAACAGCCAGACAUCGUAUGUGGAAGCUCUAAACAGCUGGCUGCAGAACUGCAUCUUGCAACCCCCGGAGCGGAAGAGCAGAAGAGCUUUCUCCCCUCGAAGGGUCAUUGCCCCACCCAUUUUCGUCCUUUGCCGUGAUUGGUCAGUCGGCAUUCAGUCUCUCCCUUCUCAAGAACUCAAUGAUGCCAUAAGAGCGCUUCUGCAUGACCUGCGUCUCUCUGGUGAACAACAACAUCAGCCUGAGGAGGAGCCAUUGUCGUGUGAUAAACAGGAAACAGUGGUGGUCGGUGUUGGAGCUGUGGAGAACCGUGAGAGUUUGAACCGGGUUCAUGCGAGUUUGACUGUGGUACUGGACAGACUGAACCGGUUCUCGGAGGCGUCUCUGAAGAUGUGUGAGGAUAUCAGACAGAAAUGUGAUUCAGCCAGGAAUGCUUAUGUUAACUAUAGGCCUCCCCCGAGAUCUUUUAGUAUAUGAUGAUAUGAAUGCAGUCGUCCUGUCAAUUGGCUGGUGAACUUGUGAAAUGAUUUGAAUGUAGACUAAGCCUUCGUUUGGUUUAGUGAGGAGUUAGUUGGAGAGGAAAAAAAUUGGUGAGAAUAGAUGGAGAAGAGAGAAUAUAAUGUAGGUUUCGUGUCUUUUUAUAUAAGAAACAGAGAAAAAGAAGAUAAAAA